GUUGGGGAGGGUGGUGAGAGUGGCUCAUGUAUCACUGUUCCUGUAUGUUCUUGCCAGAGCCAAAGUGAAAGAGAAGAGAAGACUUUUGUGGAAGAAUUUGGGCAGGAAUUCUGACACAUGGCAACUGCAGGGAAGGUGAUUAAAUGCAGAGCCGCCGUCAUCUGGGAAGCGGGCCAGAUGCCUUCCCUUGAAGAGGUAGAGGUGGCACCACCAAGAACCCAUGAGGUUCGAGUGAAGAUAGUGGCCACUGGGAUCUGUGGGACAGAUAACCAUGUACGGGCAGGUUUCUUUCCUGAUAUCGACUACCCAGUGAUUGCAGGCCAUGAAGCAGCUGGUAUUGUUGAAAGCGUUGGGCCAGAAGUCACGUAUGUAAAGCCAGGUGACAAAGUCAUUCCUUUGUGCGUUCCCCAGUGUGGAGAAUGUGCCUCCUGUCUGAAUCCUAAAACAAAUUGUUGCCUCAAAGGCCACAUCUGUGAAUCUCAAAAUCUGAUGCCAGAUAAAACAAGCCGAUUUACCUGCAAAGGGAAGCAAGUUUACCACUUCCUGUGGACAAGCACCUUCUCCGAAUACACAGUUAUGCCAGAAGCUUCCAUUGCAAAGAUUGACAACGCUGCUCCUCUGGAGAAAGUCUGUCUGUUUGGCUGCGGGUUUUCUACUGGCUAUGGGGCUGCCAUCAAUACGGCCAAGGUUGAGCCGGGUUCUACCUGUGCCAUCUUUGGCUUGGGAGGUGUUGGUCUGUCCGUUAUCAUGGGCUGCAAAACAGCAGGGGCAUCCAGGAUUAUUGGCAUUGACAUCAACAAAGAAAAAUUUGCUAAAGCAAAAGAGUUAGGAGCCACCGAGUGCAUCUCUCCUAAUGAUUUCAACAAACCCAUUGAGAAGGUGCUUGUGGAGAUGACUGGUCUUGGCGUGGACUAUUCAUUUGAGGUGAUCGGGCGAAUUGAUACAGAGAUAGCUGCCCUUGCUUCUUCCCGCUUGGGUUCUGGAACCUGUGUGCUGGUAGGAGCGCCUCCUUCAGGAUCGGAGCUCACUUUUGAUCCCAAACUGGUCCUUACGGGGAGGAAACUGAUAGGGUCCUUCCUUGGAGGUUGGAAGUUAAAAGAAGCUCUCCCCAAACUGGUUUCUGAUUAUCUGAACAAGAAAUGUAAUCCAGAUGCUUUAAUAAGUCACACGUUACCCUUUGAGAAAAUUGCUGAAGGCUUUGAGCUUCUGCACACUGGUAAAAGUAUUCGCUGUGUCUUGUUGUUCUAAAGUUCCCGUGGCAACCAGUCGCUGGAGUAUCAGCUCAAAACAGUGUCUCAUUCUGCAGAUCCUUCAUGUACCAGCUCAAAUUCAACAGUCAUUGAUGCUUCCAAAAUGUCAACAAAUACCAAUAUAUGUUUACACUGAAACUGUUAACAUUUGCCCAAAGAAGCAAAUAGCUUCAAUCCCUUGUGGCCUCAUUCUUCAAUUUGUGGUGUCCUAUAGUGGAGCAUCAUAAAAUACCCUUUUCUGAAACAUUUCUUAUCGCUUCCUCCUCCUCCUCCUCCUCCUCCUCCUCCUCCUCCUCCUCCUCAGCCUUCUUUCCUGGUCGUCUGUUAAAGGAUUCUCUCCAGUUGGUUCUUUGACAAUUUGUGGAUGGAUUCUUCUUACAUGAUGACUCAUUUCUGACAGAAGUACUUCGUUGGCAAUUAAAUAUGGAUCAAAGGAAAAACAACACAAUGACAUAGAGUUAACCAAAAAAGAAUAGUGUGUAGGCUAGAUAUUUGAAAAGCACUUCUUGUUUAAACCUUAUUCUUAUCAACGUACUAGUACUAUAUCACAAAAAAUUCUAAUUGGCACAAACUUAUAGAUACAUAAUAAAGAAUUUAUAUCAACCCAAAUCUGUUGUUUCACAAUAUUUCAUGUUUAAUGUUCCACUUGUAAUAUAUUACAUUAAAGUAAACAUGAAAAAGGUGAU